AUGGCACACGCUUAUGUGGACAGGGGGAACCAGCUGAUUUGCCAGGACCCAAAGAAGAUGGCAAUCCUGUCCGUGUGGAUGGGGGUGGAGGCUCACCAGUUUGAUCUUGUGACUUUGAAGCUGAGUUGGGAGCUAGCUAUUAAACCACUGUUUGGCAUGACAAUGGAUGCUUCGGUAAUGAAGGAGAACAAGGCAAAGCUGGCUAAGGUUUUGGACGUGUAUGCGGCUCAGCUGGCUCAAUCGAAGUACUUGGGCGGAGAAUGCUUCACAUUGGCCAACAUGCACCACCUGCCCAACACUCAAAUCCCAAUGGGUACUCAAGCAAAGAAGCUCUUUGAUUCCCGCCCCACGUGA